UUUCUCUCUUUCUUCUCUCUAUGCCAUCAAAAUUUCACCAUCUUCCCGAUAAGCUUCUUCUCCAAACCCCAAAGCACCUGUUCCCACUGUCGCUCCUAAAUGCCUGUUAAGGGCGGGCACGCCGCCCCACAAGUGCGCGCGCCACCCACCAUGGCUUUCCUUAUAGAUAAACCCUUGUUUCUUCUUCUUUUUCUCACUGUAUCAUCAAUGCAUUUUGUUGUCUGUUCAGGGUUGACAGACUCAGAAAUCCUUAUAAAGUUCAAGGGUUCUCUAUCUAAUGCCUCGGCAUUAGACAAUUGGAGCGACAUGACCAAUCCAUGCAAAGGGGACAUAUCCAAUUGGAACGGUGUUAUUUGUCAUAAAGGUUUUGUUAUAGGUUUACAGCUUGAAGGAAUGGGAUUAACGGGCAAGAUUGAUGUGCAAACUUUAAUAGGUUUGUCAGUUUUGAGAUCCCUUAGCUUCAUGAAUAAUGGUUUUGAUGGUCCAUUUCCUGAGUUAAAGAAACUUAAGUCAUUGAGGUCGAUCUUCCUAUCAAAAAACCAUUUUUCUGGAGCGAUUCCUGACGAUGCUUUUGAAGGUAUGUUUAAGCUGAAGAAAGUAUUGUUGGCAGAAAAUGAGUUUACCGGUGCCAUUCCUUCAUCUCUUGCUGCUCUACCAAAGCUUAUAGUGUUGAGGCUUGAAGGGAACAAAUUUACAGGGAAGUUACCAAAAUUUUCAGCCACUAAUUUUGCAUCAUUCAAUGUUUCAAACAAUGAAUUGGAUGGGCCAAUUCCUGCAACCUUUAGCAAGAUGGAUUUCAAAUCAUUUUCUGGGAACAAAGGUCUAUGCGGACAGCCAGUAAAUGAAUGCAAUACACCUAACACCAGCACUUCCAUCUCUACCACCUCUAAUACCUCAAACUCAAACUCCAACAGUGAAUCUACCUCUAAGAAGCCCUCCAUGGUAUGUAUAAUUGUGGUGGGUAUAGCUAUGGCAGUAGCACUGGCAGCCAUUGUUGUAGCUGCCUUAAUCCUCCUUCAAAGUCUGAAACGAACAUCCGAAGAAUCUAUAGAGGCACCACCACUUCCAUCAGACCUUAAAAAGAAAACAAGAUCAAAAGAAGCAGACCGUAGUGCACAGGGGUCACCAUCAGAACACUCAUCGAAUGGGAGGAAGAAGGCUGAUAUGGCAAAGCUGUCUUUCAUAAGGGAUGAUGGAGAGAGAUUUGAUUUGUCUGACUUAUUAAAAGCCUCAGCUGAGAUUUUAGGCAGUGGUUGUUUUGGUCUAUCUUAUAAGGCUGCUCUUUCAACUGGGCCAGUUAUGGUGGUUAAAAGGUUUAAGCAAAUGAAUAAUGUUGGCAAAGAGGAAUUUCAUGAACAUAUGAGGAGGAUAGGGAGAUUAAGUCACCCUAAUUUACUACCACUUGUUGCGUACUAUUAUAGGAAGGAAGAGAAACUCUUGGUCACUGACUAUAUUGAGAAAGGAAGCUUAGCUGUUCAUCUUCAUGGCCACCAAGCUCUCGGCCAACCAAGCAUGGAUUGGCCAACCAGAUUAAAGAUUGUAAAAGGAGUGGCUAAAGGCCUUUCAUAUUUAAGUAAAGAGCUUCCCAGCAUAACAGCAGCUCAUGGCCACCUUAAAUCCUCUAAUAUUCUUCUCAAUCAAUCUAACGAGCCCCUCCUUACAGACUAUGGACUAAUUCCCGUUAUCAACCAAGAAAAUGCCCAAGAACUCAUGGUGGCAUAUAAGUCACCUGAAUACUUGCAAUUAGGCAGGAUUACCAAGAAGACUGAUGUAUGGAGUCUUGGGAUUUUAAUUCUUGAGCUUAUAAUAGGAAAGUUACCACCAAACUUUCUGCCACAAGGUAAAGAAACUGAAGGGGAGGAUUUGGCAAGUUGGGUAAAUGCUAUUCCCCAAGAACAACGGAAGAAUCAAGUGAUUGACAAGAAGAUUAGUGGAAUAAAAAAUAGUGAAGGUGAAAUACUGAAGCUACUGAAAAUUGGGAUGAGUUGCUGUGAAGGGGAAGUGGAGAAAAGGUUGGAUUUAAAGGAGGCUAUUGAGAGAAUUAAUAAAUUGAAAGAGAAAGAUAGCGAUGAAGAUUUCUUCUCUUCAUAUGCUAGUGAAGAGGAUAUGAAGAAGGGAAUGUGUGAUGAUUUUGCUAUCUCUUAAUUGGAAAAUUCUUGUUUAGAUUUGAUUUAUGGUGAAUUCAAGACACAAUAUAUAGAGUGGAGUUUCUAUUUAAGUAUUUGAGUUCUAACACCAUAAUAAAUCAAAUCUAGAUAAGUUUUUUAUGGGCCUUUGAUCUCUACAUGGCGUAUCUAUCUUGCAAAAUUGAAGGAUUUGAAGGUGGUUAAUACACACUAAUUGGAAUUUUUUUCUUUUUUUUGUUUGAAUUUGCUUUUCAGUGUAAACUGUAGGGCGGAAGUUGGAGGGGGAAUGGGUGAUGAAGAAAGUUUGGUAAAUGCAAGUUUUUGUUUUAUUUAUGCCACUAAUUAACAAUGCUUAGGACCUAGGAUUGUAUGCUUGUUUAUGUCUCUCAUCUCCCUCUCCCUUCAUAAUUUAUUAGACAAUAUUGAGUGUUUUGA